AUGGAAGUUACUUCUGACUUACCGUCCGAUACUGAAACAAUUAACAAUUCAGUAGAUUCAAAAUUAUUACGUGACAAAAAAACUGUUACCAAUGGUAACGAUCAAGAUUUGGAAUUAUCUCUCGGCACAAGUGAUGAUAUCUCUGCAUCGACAGCUAUUGAGGGGGUGGACACUAAAAUGUCCCAGGAUAACUUAUCAUGCGACACAAAAAUGAUCACUUGUACUGAUAGCGAGAAUGCCUUAUUAGAUGAAACAUCUGAGCCAAUUGCUACACAACCACUUGAUAGAAAUCAAGUUACUGAACAAAUUUUAAAGCGUGAUCUUUCUAGACCUAUUUCUUCAGUAGCAUCAGUUGAACUACAUGAUAAGUCCAUCUUAAACAAUGCGAAUGAGAGCUCUACGCAGAGAUUAGCUUAUUGGAUUGAUGAGGCUAUAAGAGUGG